AUGGCUGCGGCCGCGGCGGGUGGCUCUUCCUCAGCCGCCUCUGCCUCCGCCUCCGCCGCCACUGGCACCGGCUCUUCCUCCAAGCUUCCGCCGACCCCGCCGACCCCCAAGGAGCACCCAGCGCCCCGCCACCCGCCGCAGCUGAGGAAGCGAGGCGAUUCCCGGCGUCGACAAGCCGCCCUCUUCUUCCUCAACAACAUCUCUUUGGAUGGCCGGCCGCCUAGCCUUUUCCCUGGCGGCGAGAAGCCCCCACCUCAGCCCCAAGAUGCGCGCCCCCCUCCGCUGCCGCCGGGGCCGCCACCGCCGUGGGGCUGCCCGGGCUGGGGGGCAAGGGCGCCCCCCACCCCUCAGGGGCUCCUCAGCCCCACGCAGACCAGCGCUGGCUUCACCUUGGAGGUCCAGCGUCAAAGAAGGCGUUUUAUCUCCCAGCGCUGUUCUCUAGAAUUUUUAGAAGACAUAGUGGAAUAUGCCACUGUACAAAGAACCAAACACAUAUCUGGAUCACCAAGACACAAAGGCUUGAAGAAGACUCAUUUCAUAAAGAACAUGAGACAAUAUGACACAAAAAAUAGCAGAAUAGUUCUGAUUUGUGCUAAAAGGUCCCUGUGUGCAGCAUUUUCUAUUUUGCCUUAUGGAGAAAGCAUUCGGAUCAGUGACAUGAAGAUAGAAAGCCAGAAACAGAGGCAUCCAUCUGGUGGGGUUUCAGUGUCUUCUGAAAUGGUCUUUGUGUUGGAAGGAGUUGAACUUGGUGCUGAUGGAAAGGUAGUAUCUUAUGCAAAGUUUUUGUAUCCAACGAAUGCCCUUGUCACACAUAAGAGUGAUAAUCACACUGCAGCAUCUCAGCCUCGAUCCAGUGUUCCACGAACCAUGCCUGGGUCAAGAUACAAAUCUGCAACAGCUAAAUCUGUGCCAUCAGGCACAGAAUUAGGGAGUGAGACUGGUGAUUCAAUAGAAUAUAAUCCUAAUCUCCUUGAUGAUCCUCAGUGGCCCUGUGGGAAACACAAGCGUGUUCUUAUCUUUGCAUCAUAUAUGACUACCGUGAUAGAAUAUGUGAAGCCUUCAGACCUUAAAAAGGACAUGAAUGAAACUUUUAAAGAGAAGUUUCCUCACAUCAAACUCACUUUGAGUAAAAUUAGAAGCCUAAAACGGGAAAUGAGGAAUCUCUCUGAAGAAUGCAAUCUCGAACCAGUUACCGUGUCCAUGGCUUAUGUUUACUUUGAGAAGCUUGUCUUACAAGGCAAGCUAAACAAGCAGAACCGAAAACUGUGUGCUGGUGCUUGUGUGCUCCUAGCAGCAAAGAUCAGCAGUGACCUCAGGAAAAAUGAAGUAAAGCAGCUUAUUGAUAAGUUAGAAGAACGAUUCCGAUUCAACCGAAGAGAUCUAAUUGGAUUUGAAUUUACAGUGCUCGUGGCUCUGGAACUGGCCCUUUACCUUCCUGAAAACCAAGUUUUACCUCAUUAUAGACGUCUCACCCAGCAGUCCUAGCCAAAGCUGCGUCCCAUUUAGUUGGCAGGAAGAUUUACAAAAUACUUUAUUGCUGAAAGACUUCCACUUCCCACAAAUCUU